AUGGGAGAAACCGAAUCCAAAUCCGCGAAUGGUGCAGUUCACGCCACUACCACGUCGGACUCUUCGACAGUCACCGCUGGCCAGGACGACCAGCCCCCUAUAGCGGAACCCCCAGACCUAGUCACAGAGAAACCGAUUCUUCCCCAUACGCUCUCUGCUCACCGUGUCGCUCACGACCUCAAGUCGGACGUUGACGAUGGUUUGAGUAGCGAAGAGGCUGCUGCCCGCCUUGAGCGGGACGGCCCUAAUUCUAUCAAAGGCGCCAAGGGCAUUUCUCUCUAUGAGAUUUUCAUCCAGCAGGUUGCCAAUGCCUUGACUGUCGUCCUUAUCGCCGUGACCGCUCUGUCCUUUGCUAUCUCGGACUAUAUUGAGGGUGCCGUCGUGGCCGCCGUCAUUGUCCUUAACAUUGUUGUCGGAUUGAUCCAGGACUACCGCGCUGAGCAGACUAUUCAGUCUCUUUAUGCACUGUCCACUCCUAAGUGCAAGGUCAUCCGAGAUGGUCAGAGUGAAACUGUCAAGGCCGAAACCCUCGUCAAGGGCGACAUAGUCUCCCUCGCUACCGGUGAUGUUGUCCCUGCCGACUUGCGUCUGGUUCAGGGCAUCAACGUUUCCACCGAUGAGGCACUUCUGACUGGUGAAUCUAUCGCCAUCAGCAAGAAGCCAGAGGUUAUCUUCACAGACCCUGACAUGCCCAUGGGUGAUCGUAUCAACCUCGCCUAUUCUGGAAGCUCCGUCACCCGUGGCCGUGCCACUGGUAUCGUUAUUGCUACUGGAAUGGAGACCGAGGUCGGUCAAAUCGCCGAGCUCCUACGCAAGACCAAAGACGACAACUCCGAAAGGACACCCGUCGGUCGCGCAGUUUGGAGGUCUUAUCAGUUCAGUCGCAGAAUUCUUGGUCUUGAGGGAACGCCUCUCCAGGUUACCCUUAGCAAGUUCGCCCUGUUGCUGUUCGCCUUUGCCAUUCUCCUUGCCGUUAUCGUCUUCUCCGUUAGUCUUUGGAAGAUCACCGAUGAGGUUCUUCUUUACGGAAUCUGUGUCGGCGUGGCUGUCAUUCCCGAGUCUCUCCUCGCCGUCUUGACUGUUACCAUGGCCGUUGCUACCAAAGCAAUGGUCCGGGGUAAUGUUAUUGUCCGUCAGAUGCCGUCUCUGGAGGCUGUUGGUGGUGUUACCAACAUCUGCUCUGACAAGACCGGCACUCUGACUCAAGGACGAAUGAUUACCCGCAAAGUCUGGCUCCGUGGCGAUCUAUCCGGAACUGUUGAAGGCACCGCCAACCCUUAUGACCCCUACAGCGGCACUGUCAAGUGGUCGGCUGAUCUGGCUGGAAGCUACUUGAACACUUUCCUCAAGGUUCUUACCCUUUGCAACAACUCUACUGUUAGCGAUGGAAAGAAAGAGCCAGAGACCGACUCCAGCAGUAUUAUCACAUCCGACGAUGCUGAUUGGAAGGCCGUUGGUGAGCCUACUGAGAUUGCUCUCAAGGUCUUCGCCAUGAGGUUCGGUCGUAGUAUCUCCGGGGGUGAUACCCUGGUAGCUGAACAUCCCUUCGAUUCGUCCUGCAAGCUUAUGAGUGUUGUGUACGGCAACGAGAUUGAGAACACCCGACACGUCUACACCAAGGGCGCUGUUGAGGUUCUCCUCACAAAGCUCACAGAGACUGAAGAGUACAAGAAGGAAAUUUUAAUGAAGGCUGAGGAUCUCGCUAGCCAAGGUCUGCGAGUACUCUGCAUUGCAACCAAGCCCAUGAACGGCGACGUUCAGGACUGCCAUGAUCGCGCCAAGGUUGAGAAUGAUCUCCAGUUCGUUGGCCUUGCUGGACUUUAUGACCCUCCUCGCCCUGAGACCGCUGGUGCCGUGGAGCAAUGCCGCGCUGCUGGUGUUACUGUCCACAUGGUCACCGGUGAUCAUAUCAAGACCGCUACAGCCAUCGCCUAUGAAGUCGGUAUCCUCAACAAGGAUAUUCGUCUGAAGACCAACACCGUCAUGGCCGCCGCUGACUUCGGAGCUCUCAGCGACGCUGAGAUUGAUUGUCUUGAUGAACUGCCUGUUGUCCUCGCCCGUUGUAGCCCGCUGACCAAGGUCCGCAUGAUUGAGGCGCUCCAUCGUCGCAAGGCCUUCUGUAUCAUGACUGGUGAUGGUGUCAACGAUUCGCCUGCCCUCAAGCAAGCUGACGUCGGUAUUGCCAUGGGAGACCGUGGUAGCGACGUUGCCAAAGAGGCGGCGGACAUGGUUCUGACUGAUGACAACUUUUCAUCUAUUGUUACCGGUAUUCAGGAAGGUCGACGACUGGCUGAUAAUAUCCAGAAGUUCCUUCUCCAUCUUCUGACCUCUAACCUGGCGCAAGUCGUUCUUCUUCUUAUCGGUCUUGCCUUUAAGGACGAGAAUGGCUACGCUGUGUUCCCGCUGUCCCCCUUGGAGAUUCUCUGGGCCAACCUUGUCACGUCAUCGCCUCUUGCUUUGGGUCUGGGUUUGGAAGAGGCUUCCCCUGAUAUUCUCCGCCGACCCCCUCGCAGCUUGCGCAGUGGUGUCUUUACCUUUGACUUGGUCCGUGACCAGCUUGUAUACGGAUUCUGCUCAGGCUCUCUGUGUCUGGCCUCGUUCAUGAUUGUCAACUAUGCCGCGUCUGGCCAGGGUUACUAUAGCAUGGUGCAUGGCUGCAACGACAGUGGAACUGUUGGGUGUGACCUUGUCUACCGCGCUCGUGCCACGACCUUUUCUACUUUGGCAUUCUUACUGCUCGUCACUGCCUGGGAGGUGAAGCACUUCCACCGCAGUCUGUUUAACAUGGAUGAGCGCGCAACGGGUCCUUUCUCUGUGUUCAAGACCAUCUACCACAACAAGUUCCUCUUCUGGUCCGUGGUUGCCGGUUUUGUCAUGGUUUUCCCCAUUGUGUACAUCCCCUACCUCAACACCGAGGUCUUCAAGCACAAGGGCCUCACUUGGGAGUGGGGAGUCGUGGCUGGCUGCGUCGUUGUAUAUGUCGCUCUUAUUGAGGCAUGGAAGGCAUGCAAGAGACGUUUUAAGCUUGGCAUCGACUCACACCCUGUAACCCAGGGCCGGGCUGAUGUCUAA